UUUAACGACCGCGAAUUGAAUCACACAACCACCGCUGAGGAUACGCCCUUUGACUUAUUGACAGAAUGGCGACGAAAUACGGAUUUGCGCAAAGCUUGAAGGAAUUGAGGUUCCUGUUCUGUCAGACGAGCGAGCAGAGCGCUGGUUUGAGGAAUUUCCUCACCAAGAGCUACCCAACGAUGAAGAAGCACAAUCCCCACACACCCAUCAUGAUCCGAGAAGCCAGCGGCAUCGAACCAAAAGUCUAUGCGAGAUACGAAUUCGGCAAAGAGAAGAUGAUACCACUAAAAGGUCUGGAUGAUAAAGCGAUCGAGAAGCAAGUCUCCGAGCUAGUGAAAUCCUCCGCAUGAUGUUAUUUCAUGGUUAGCGGUACGAGGGAGGAUGCUUCAUCGGGAGGAAGAAUACGGCGUACGAUACCAAAUGAAGGAAGCCAGCAAACUGAGAAGUUUCUGUAUAUAUGUAUAACGAUGAAGAAAUAACACUAUAGAACCCAGCUGCCGCG